UCCGAAAGAAAGACGGGAAAGGAGGAGGUGAGACAACAGAAGACAGGUAAUUGACAAACAAAAAGAAAGGAAAAGUAAAAGAGGAGACAAAGAGAGAAACAAUAGAAGACAGGCAGAUGGGGAGAACAAGAAGAGGUGUGGCGAAAGGGAGAAAAAGACAGAUAAAUAAAGAUAAGAUAAUACUCAUAAAGACAUAAACCACCGAAUAAAGAAAUACACACGUAGAGAAACAGACAUGGUCAGCUACCACUAUCAAUAUCAAAACUAAAAAAAUAAAAAAUGGCACGGGAGAACAAGAAGAGGUGUAGCGAAAGAGGGAAAAGACAGAUAAAUAAAGAUAACAUAAAUACGCAUAAAGACAUAAACCACCGAAUAAAGAAAUACACACGCAGUCAGCUACUACUAUCAAUAUCAAAGCUCAAAAACUGAAAAACGGCACGAUAUCACAAAAACUGCGCAUAUCCGUACGACAACUUUUCAUCUCCUCCGUACGACGUCACAGGCUGAGUGUGACGCAAGAACCAAAACAGACGAUGAAGACAGUGACAUACGGUAUCUCCUACCCCGGUGUGGUCUUCACGUCGAGGUUGAUUUAUUUCCAAGAAAAAAUGACAGUCUUUUCGACAUUCGUGUUACUUCGUUGCCGUUAAGAGGACCAUAGUCAUCAGAAAUAUUGCUGGGAACUUCUGAGCAGAAUGCUUGAAGGUCUAGCAACAUGGGUACUCAACAACUACUUAGGAAAGUACCUGGAAAAUCUGAACACUGAUCAGCUAUCCAUUGGACUUUUGAAAGGUGAAGUAGAGCUUGAAAAUGUGCCUCUGCGCAAAGAUGCCCUCCGUCACCUCGACAUGCCCGUGGAAGUGCGGGCAGGGUUUGUGGGGAAGGUCAAAUUACAGAUCCCGGUGUCACGCCUCCGCUCUGAGCCCUGGGUCAUUAUCUUCGAACAGCUGUACCUUGUGGCUGGCCCGGUCAAGUUGGAUGAGUACGAUGAGGAGGCAGAAGAGGCUGCCUCCCAGGGCCGCAAACUUGCCCAGCUUGACCGACUGGAGGCAGCUUGGAGGGCAGAGGAGGAGGCGCGGGAGGAGGCUUCUCGCUAUGCCAAUUCCUACUCAUCCUGGCUCAGUUAUGGAACUUCUUUUAUGACAAACAUCAUUGAGAACAUUCAGCUAAAGAUCCAGGAUGUCCAUCUUAGGUACGAAGACGACCAGAGCAUCCCUGGGCAGGUGUUUGCUUGUGGACUCACCAUAGACUCCCUCGCUCUCCAGAGUUCAGACGACCAUUGGAUCCCCAGAUUUGUGUAUGGUGGAAAUACCAAAAUGGCAUACAAAUUGCUUGAACUGCAAAAUAUGGGGAUAUACUGGGAUACAACAGCUGAAGUUUAUAGCGACAUGUCUUUGGGUGAAUUAGCAGCACACAUGUUAUCGGCAAUUGGGAAGCGUGAUCAUGAAUACAUCCUAACACCAGUGAGUGCAACGGCUUGUGUGAAACGCAACCUGAGUGAGGCUCCACUGAGGUCACGGUCAACACCUCGCAUAACAUGUGACCUCAAGCUAGAAAAAUUCCCUCUGAGUCUCAUAGAUUCUCAGUAUCGUCAGGCUGUGAAAUGGAACAAGGAGUAUGAUCGUUUAGAAAAAGCUCGUCACUAUAGGAAAUGGAGACCUACGUGCACAGUGAAGGAAAACCCAUACGACUGGUGGCAGUAUGCUAUUCAGUCCCAUCUCGAUAAAAUCCACCGGCGCUAUGCAGGAAGGAACUGGACUGCGGCCCAACAGAGAGCAAGGGACAUUGUUAUAUAUGUGAAUGUUUACAGUGAUCACCUCAGGAACCCCGCAACUGUUCUGACAGAGCACAAAGCCCACCAGCUGAAGAUCGAGCAGGAGCUGGAUUUCUCAGAACUCCGAGCACUGCGAGAGAUGGCAAUGGAGAAGGUGGCAAAAGAACAAGAAGCUUCUCGUACUAGUGCAUCCCCCCCUCCCCCUCCCAUGAGCCCAGUGGAGACAGAAGAGCCCACGUCCCCUACUCAGAGUGGCGAGGGCAUCCUGCACCGCUGGUUCCCCAUGUGGGGGGGAUGGUAUUCAUCAGACACUGAGCCCACUUCCCCAACAACGCCUCCAGAAGACCAGAAGGUGUCAAAGGCCCCAGAGGUGGAGUCCAAGACUCCGUUAGCAAUAGAAGCUCCUCAAGGCUCCAAAGAAUCUGAUAAGCAGGUGUCAGGAUCCCUUGAAGAAGAAAUCCUUUAUGUACUAUCAGACAGUGUGGAGAACAACACAUUCAUGAAGAGAGAUGCUGUGUUUUGCCAGCUAAGCUUCACCUUGAAGCAAGGAAUUUUCUCGCUCUCCUCAAAGAAGCCACCAUCCCCUGGGUCAUCCACAGAGGGGAAGGAAAAAAUGGAACUAUUUGAGUUGGAGUUUGCAAAUGUGAAGAUGGCCCUAGAAUCACGUCCUAGAAGCAAAUCAUAUAAAUUUGACAUUGAACUAGGUUCUAUGAACUUAAAGGACAAGGUCACGGAGGACUCUGCUUUCCCUCUGCUGGUGUCCCCUCAGACCCGAGACUCAGGUUCUGGCCUCAAGGCAGCCAUGUCACGAACUUCGACCAUGUACGCAAAACUGACCACCAUGAUAUCUCCAUCACAAAGCAAGACAGAAGGCCCCUUGUUCUCUCUCACUUAUGAAUCUCGACCUUUUAAUUCCCGAGCAGAUCACAGGCUGAUUGUCAGUUCCACAUCCUUGGAUAUUGUGUACAAUCCAUCAGCCUUGGAAGCCAUAAGUAACUUCUUCACAACACCCUACCAAAAGAAAGAGGGUUAUGGCCACCCAGCACAAAUGACGGCCCUCACUACAGCUGCAAAGAAAAGAUAUGAAGAACUGAAGGAACAGACUAAACAAGAGUUGAAGAGGAACUGGGAUCAGAUUAUGGAUGGAAGUCUUAUGAUGAGGAAGCGCUGGGACAUCAAAUUGGACAUAUCAGCUCCACAGAUCAUCAUGCCGGAGCAUUUCAAAGAUCGCAAUGCAACACUGGUCGUGCUUGACUUUGGAAAGCUGAUCUUUUGCUCAGCUCAACCUUUGUCUCAGACGAAGCUUAAUGAUGAACUGGAUACUGUCAGUGACGAUGAAGAUGAAUUUGCAACACCAUGUUCCACCCCUGAUGAGUUGGAAACGAUGUCCUUGGAUGGAACUAAAGAGGGGUUGGAAAGGAAGUCAUCUUUGCCAGACAAGCAAGCCAUGUUCUCCGAGUCUGAUUUGCACGACCGGAUUUACGAUAGGUAUGAUCUUCGACUCUGUGACAUGCAAGUGCUAGUUGGAAAAGUACGAGAUAAUUGGCGAUUUGCUUACUUGAAAGGCACAGGACAAAUGCAUGUCUUAGACAGAUUCAGCAUCAACCUGCAGCUGGAGAGACGUGUAGUAGCCAUGCCAGAUGCACAACAGCAGUGGCCCAGUGCCACACUGUCUGGCACCUUACCAAGUCUGGUGGUCCAUGUUAAUGAGCAGAAAGUACAAGCUUUGAGGACAAUGAUAUCUCAGUUCUACGGUGAUCAUGCGGCAAAACCUGUCCGGAUGGAUUCAACAGACUCAGACACAGUUACUGGAGCAAUGAGUAGGUCUAGUACUCUGACCAUCGAUGACCAGACAUUGGAGGACCUGAGCAAGGGAAGCUCCUCCCCAACAGAUGAGGGCAAACUGUUGGUAGUACAGUUCACCGUAGAUAAGAUGUCCUUGGAGCUGCAGUCUCGUGGAAGGAGCAUUGCAGAAUUACAGGUCACUGGAGUGAGAGCCAAUCUAAACAAGCGCCCCUUUGAUAGCACAGUCACACUCAGUGUGCACUCCCUCCUCCUGGUGGAUGCCUUACAGACCUUUGGACCUGACUUUGAGUUGCUCGUUGCCAGUCAUAAGCAUGUCAGUAUGGACAGUGUGAGUGGUAGCUUACUGGACAGUGAGCCAUGUUCGCCCACCUCACCCGCCUCCCCAGACCACAAUGCACCCUUCAAGCCCACCUCUCCAGUGACCCUUAGUCAGGCUAUAUCUUCAUAUGCAGCCUCAAGAGCACUGCUUAUACCAGCCCAAUCUCCGCCUCAGACCUCUCGAAACCUCUCCACGCCCCCUCUUAUUAGCUCCCCCAGCUUUGGUGGCAUAGGCAGUGGACCCCAGCUGAUGGAGAAUCGUGAUGCUGAGGCCCUUAUUACACUAGAAGUCACCUAUGUGUCGUCAGAAUGCCCAUCACAACAGGGGGCCGGGGCAUUGCUGCUUGCGUCAGUUCAGUUCAAUACCUUGGAUAUCAUAGCCAACCAGGAAACAGUGGUUGAACUGGUGGGCUUCGUGCACCAGCUAUUCCCUCAUCAGCCCCCCACGUCAUCUUCACGCUUCCAUACCCACAUGGCCAGUGCACCCGCCAUGAGCCCUAGUGCCACCAUGUCACCAGAGAAAGAGGAACAAGGUGGCCUCUCCCAUGCUACAAGCAUGUAUUAUGUAGCUCCCCAGAAGAACCCUGUGCGUGCGGAGGUCAGCUUUGACUUCCACAAACUGACUGUUCUCCUUCUCAGAGGGGUUUAUAAGGACAAGGAACUGGUGGGCAGGAAAGUGUGCACUGCAGUCCUUUCUGAUGCUAAAAUACAGGCAACUGUUGAAAACGACAUCUUGACAGUGGAAGGGUCAUUAGGUGGGUUCCAAGUGCGUGAUGUGACUCCGGAAGGCAAUAAGCAUCAGUGCAUUAUAAGCGUUGGCCAAGACCCCAUAGUUGAGCGCUCACAGGAUCUGUUUUCUCGGUUGAAUAGUGACAUCUACCGCUCAUACUCACAAUCAGAUAGUACAGCAAGGGCCUUCAGCUUUACUGUUAUCCGACCAGUGGCAUUCUCAAGCUCCAGUACCCAGAGAUAUUUACCUUCACCUGAUGAUGAAAAUCUGACAGUCAAGCUGCGACUAGCUUCUGUCUGUUACACCCACUCGCCCCACUUCCUUCUCGAGUUGCGCUCAUGUGCUACAGAGUUCAAACAGUACAUGGCCCGUGUUGCUUCAUCCAUCAAACACGCAGCAACGGAAAUGGCCAUGGGUCUAGUGAGCAAGCGAAUUGAGUCCUUCGUAAAUCUGUCAGGUAGCGCCUGGGAGGCUUCACCUCGCCACCGACGCAGAAUGAGUGUCUCACAUUCUACUGACACCCUAAACCUGCCUGCUCCUCCUCCAGCAUCAGCCUCAGGGUCAAGGUUCAGUCCAGCCCACGAGGAGAGUACAGAGUUACCAUUUUCUCUCAACCUAGAUGUGAUAUUGGAAACCCCUGUUGUCGUCAUUCCUGAGUCGCUGAACAGCCCAGAUGUUUUGGUGGCACACCUUGGCCAAAUAACAGUUGCAAAUGCACUCCCACCCCAGUCAGUCAACCAGGAGACAUUCCUCUCCUUCCCACCCAGCAAGGUUGCAGAGUACCAAGUAGCAGUGCGGGACAUGAGUUUGUUUUCACUCAAUGUAGAGGAGAGACUGAAGAGUCGAGACACAACUUUCCACGGUCAUCUGCCGAUUAUAGCCCCUCUCUCAACCACCUUGAUGUGCGCUGAAGACCUGUACAGUUGUCGCGACCACGGCAGACCCAUCUUGCACAGCACUACCAUUGAGCUGCGAGUGAGGCACGAGCUAGCGGCUGCUCUUAUGGCUGACCACGAUUCUGGGCUCUACUUUCCCAACGACAUCUUCGUGGAUUUUUACCCGGCUGCUUCUCGAGACUCCUUACAGAUUGAUGGAGGCAUUGUGACACCACUAAAGAUCGGUGUGUCACGCCAGCAGUAUCGACAAGUUAUGAAGACUUUGUCCAACUUAUCUGUGGAGGCUGAUACCCAGUCAACAGAUGGACAAACUUUGGAUUCUAUCCAUGAAGAAAUGCCAGGGACAGUGACAUCGGAAUCAUAUUCACAGAGGAGAGAAAGUGUAAAACGUAGGGAGAUUGAAGUCUCAUCCAUAUCAGUGAAAGGAUCCUUCUCUGUGCCUAGUAUGUGUGUUGAGCUGCGUGGCGAUGUAGGUGAGAAAGAAAAACCACUUGUCAAUUUACUUCUUGAAGAGAUAAAAGCCUCAUAUGAGUCUUGUGAAGCAUACAAGACACGGACACAGGUUACCCUUCGCUCACUGAUGAUGGAAGACCUGCAGCAGCUGGACACGAAUGCACAGCACAGGUUCCUCAUGAAGUCGGACACGCUGCCAAUGCAGUCGCCAGAUGGCCCAGCUCCUUACGGGGUGCAUCUGCAUCCAGGUCACCAUCCCCACUUGCAUUUCCUGAAGGAGCACCAUGUCCCUGAGUUCAUAUCGACCUCCUGUCCCGAACGCUACCCUCACCACCCAGUCUGCUUCACCUCGUCCUCAUUACCUGACAAGCUGAAGAUGGAAAAGCCAUUUUUCAAGGCAGCUCAGAAGCCUGUACCAAGGAGGCAUUUAGAAAAAGGCUUGUCAUCACAGAGUCCACGAACAAGCAUCAAGCCCGGAGGGAAGGCAACCAUGAGCCCUAGUACCCCCCCACCUUCACCUACCCCAGGUGAAGGGGAGGAGGAGACCUUUAGGCCAGACACCACACUCGUCACCAUCACCAUCUCUACUAUUGACAAAAAGUCCCCUGAGUUCCACAGCAAAUAUGAUGGUACAAAUCGCUUCAUUGAUGUAGAUUUCAACAGCCUGAACACUGUCAUCAACAUUCCUUCUUGGGUUAUGGUGUUAGAUUUCUUCAGCACUGAUCAAGAGGAUGGAUCUCCUUCCAAGAGUGAUGGAAAAGUCACUCCUGAUACUUCGCUGUCAUCCUCGCAUAAGGGCAUGGAUGAACUGAACACUAUCGUGGAAGUACAGAUGCGAUCCCUCACCCUAAUCUUGAACAAGCCCGAAUGUGAGCUAGCCCAGGCAAGCAUCUCGCAGGUUCUGGUGCGGUCUGUGGGAUCUGAGGGAAAUCUGACUCUCACUGGGCGACUAGGGUCCCUCUCUCUGGUGGACUGCACGAGCCACGGCCAUCUUUACCGGGAAAAGUUCAUCACCACCGGCUCAGAGGCCAUGACGUUCCAGGUGUUCAAGUAUGGGCAUGAUGAUCCUGAGAUGCUGAGGGAAUGUGAUAUUCGCAUGAAACUGAAAAUGUCUUCUGUGAUGUACCUGCACACACAUCGCUUUGCCUCAGAACUUACUCAGUUUGUGCAGGAGUUUAAUCAGUUAAGAGAUAUUGUGUCGAGAUGGAGAGCUACUAGUGCUGGAUUAAAGGUAUCAGAUUUUAGCAGAGGUUCACGUGUAUCACUGGACAUCACUGCAGGCUCUCCUGUUAUAUUCAUCCCCAUGUCCAGUCGAUCAGAGACACUUCUGGUAGCAGAACUAGGAAGCUUGACCAUAACCAAUAAGUUCCUUUGGGCAGGUUCAAAGGGAACCAUAAGUCAGGUACAGCGGCAAAGCCUGGAAGAAAAAUUUGUGUCUCCUUAUCCAAGUGGUGCAGCUGGACGCUCAAGGUCCCGGUCCCACAGUAGACACCGGGACCCAAACCUGUCCUACCUCAGUGACUCGGAUAUGGAGGGUGACCUGAGGCAGCAGAAGCUAGCAGUAAGUGCCUCCCACAAGUGCCUACUGGAUGUCAUGUACAUAGACCUAGUGAACAUGGACCUCUACACAAGCACGAGAGCCACACGAUCCAAGUACAGCCAGCAAAAAGCACGUUCGAGAGAUGAGGCCAAAGCGAUGAAGGGGAACGAGAAGGAAGUUGGUGGCAGGGUGACGGAGGACAGCGUCGAGUGGAUGUUUAGGGCUUACUCUGUUGUUCGACAAGGGAAGUCGCUGCUUCAGGAGAAGUGUGCGAUCAAGCUGCAGGUGGAGAGGAACCUGGACACUGCCAUUAGUCAUGCAGUGCCAGAUAUGAGUAUUCAUGGCACAGUCAAAAAGGUCCAUGCUACCAUCCACACAGCAGAGUACAAGUUUAUCCGUGGAUUGCUCAUGUACAACUUUGGGGAGCCUUUGCCUUCUCCUCCUCCUAUAUACCUCUAUCAAACACAGCCACAACAGACCUGGUAUGACCUAGGGUCAGUGUGGACCUCCCUCACGAUCAUUCUCAACUUGGACAACGUUACCCUUGAGUUGGAGAAUCUCGAAGAAGAGAACGUGCAAGAGACCAAGCCACUUGCCUGCGUCAAUUUCAUCAGCUCGAGGCUAACCUUCGAGAGCUUUUCGGAUCAGACCAAAGACGUGGAUCUAGUGUCGCAGGAAAUCCUCAUCAGCGACACGAGAUUUGAGAACUUCCCAAUGAAUAAAAGAUCAAAUAUCUUCACAAACAUCUUGCAGCCUACACCUUUAAAAAGUGCCAAAAAUGACAGCCAAUUGCAGGCUGAAGUUCAUUAUAGAUCAACAAAAGAUGUUACAAGAUUUACCAUUCUUCUGAAUAACAUGAGGCUAAUGGGAAUUUUGGACUGGUGGAUGGAAGUGCUGGACUUUAUCUACAAGAUGCCAGAUGACCCAGUUCUUGCAGGUAGCGGUACGUCAUGCAGCAGCCCGGGAGCCUCCGAGCACCACAGUUACGCAGCCACUCCUCUCAUGUUCUCCCCUAUUCAUACUCCUAUCCUGAGAUCACCUCAGGGGCAGUCCCCACAACCUCAGUCUCCACAGCCACAGUCCCCUCGCUCACAGUCCCCUACCUUGGGGCUGCAGAGGGAGUUCAGUCACAGGUCUGCCACACCAAGACUGAACCCUAUGGUUGAGUCGACAGGUGUCAUGACCAAGCAUGCACUCAUCCAAGAACAGCACAAAGUUCCCUUUGAACUGAAGCUGAACAUCACGGACUCUGAGCUUGUGGUAUUGGAGAACACAGCUGUGUGGGAUACGAGCGCAGUCAUAUUAAAGAGCACAGCAGUCAUCAGCUAUCGACCACAGCACCAAGAACGACCUCUGUCAUGCAACUUGAACCAGUGUGAGCUGUAUUCAUGUAUAUUAGGCCUGGAGGAUGAUACUGCUCUCUCCAUUAUUGACCCUGUCACCAUCAACAUUGAAGUCAAUGACAGAUUAGGGCAGAAUCAGCCAGUGGACAUAUCCAACGUGUCAAUGGCAGUGCAGCAUACUGUUGAGGUGGUUAUGCACCAAUUAAAUAUUCGUCUGAGUUACCAUGACAUGAAAAUGUUCCAACAAAUCCUGGAGUCCAUUCCAAAGCAGCGUGAAGUUGCCAGGAAGCCUUCUGUAUCUAGAGAAAAAAAGCAGCCUGCAAAUUUCCAAGCUCAAGUCGACAAAUUGUCAGCUUUGGGAUUCCGACCUGCUGAUUGCACCCGUGCCCUGGAGGAAUGUGGAGGUAGGCUUGAUGAUGCUGCUCUUUGGCUAACGCACAAUGCCCAGCCUGUACCUGCCCCCACUGUGACAGUCCAGGACCAAGGCAAGACAGGCACCAUCAACUUCCAUGCUGUGGAAAUCAAGACCGGAAGUGUCAAUGUGUGUGUCAUUGAUGACUGCGGAGAUUGUGAUGUCCCCUUGCUUGAGAUUUCCCUCUCCCACCUCGGUUUGAAACAGGAUUGGCAAGGAAAAGGAUCAGCAAGCUGUUCUCUCUCAGUUGACUACUAUAAUCGAGCACUGUCUGGUUGGGAGCCUUUCUUAGAACCUUGGCGGUGUGGAGCAGAGUGGGACAAGACUCCAUCAAGAGAUCUUACUGGGGAACGGCUGUCCUUGAGUGUGAAGACUGAUGAUACUGUGAAUGUGAACGUAACUAAUACCUUAUUGGAAUUGUACCACAUGGUGAAGAACAACUGGACUUUAGAUUAUUACAACAGAGACAGGAUGGAGAUUGAGAACAACAUUGUGUCCAAUGAAGAGGGAGGCAAAACACUGGUGGUCAGUCCUCAGGGUUACAGACGGCGUUCACCUUUUAUACCCUUUGCACUCAAGAAUGAUACCGGAUGCAAUCUUUGUUUUGCAACCAUGACAACAACUCCAGACAGCUUGGCUGAUGUUGAGAGCCUGGGGCAGAGCAUCAUGCCAGAGGUAGACUGGAUCAGCGUGCCAGCUGGUAACACGAUCCCCUUCUCCUUCGAGGGCCGUGGAAAGCAGCGCCACCGAGAUACCCAUGAGCUUAAGGUUCACCAGCUGUUGGUUCAGGUGGAUGGUUGGCAGGCGGUUGGUCCUGUCACAGUGGAUAAAGUCGGGGUGUUCUUCAGGCUUGCGGUGUCACAGCCAGCUGGAGCCUCAACACAUCUUUACGAAUUGCCAAGUGCAAGAGUUGUCGUAGCUGUCACGCUGGAUGGCUCAGCGAGGAAGCUAGUCACCAUCCGAUCGGCCUUGAUCCUCGCUAACCAACUUCACUAUCCUGUGGACGUCAAGCUGGAAAAUGUUGCACUCAGAUUAGGGGAUGUUAAAGUCCUUCAAGUGGCUCCCAAGUCCAAAGUACCUGUCCCACUGGUGUAUGCUUGGGCUCGGAUUUUUGUGCGGCCAGUCACUGCUCCGGGGGGUGGUUGGCUGUAUUGCCAGGAGCCGCUGCACUGGCUCACCCUCCUCCAGCCCCGGCAGGAGGCCACAGACCUAAGAGCUUGCCCUGCCAUCAACACGCACUUGCCACCUUUUAGGUUUUGUGUUCACGUGAAGCGAGACAAUUUUCCCGUGGAUUCGUCCCCCCCUUCUCCUCCCACAAACUCUCCACAUUUAACGCCUCGACAUAACGAGUGGGUUCAGCCAGGUCACACCAUAGUGCUAGUGAGCCCACUGACCUUAGUGAACCUCCUCCCAUACGAUCUACACUACGAGGUCAAGGCAACGGGCAAUGUGAGUCGCGUUAAACCAGGAGAGGACGACUGCCUCCACUCUGUUGACCCAGCCCAGAGUAUCUCCCUCUCUCUGUGGACAGAUACUCUUGAGCCCUGUGGAGAGAUAACACUAAACCCAUCUACCUCCAUGUACGUGCUGCCCUUUAAGUUGCAGGACUCGCUGAAACGUAUCCUGUACAUUCACUUGAAAGUGAAGCCGCAGUUUGGAGGAGCCCUAAAGGUUGUCAUAUAUGCAGGAUAUUGGCUGAUCAACAAGACAGGGUUACCCUUAGUCUUUAAGCAGGAGGGUGUAUCAGCUGAUGCUGCAGGGCAAGACAUGGAACAUGAAGUAGCUCGUUGUGCAGCCCCACUGUUGUUCUCUUUUACUGAUCGUGAUGCUAACCCUAUGCUUGUUGCGAGGGUUGGACGCAACUUACAUCCUGAGUCGAGAGCACAGUUUUGCCACAAGCUGCCCCUGACACAAGGGACAUGGGUUCGCCGUCUCAGAGUCAGUCCCUCAGAUGCCCGGCCAGACCAUGUCUACAUUGUUGGUGUUGAUGUGAGACCUGGCCGUGGACGAUAUAGAGAUACGUACAUGGUCACAUUCUCACCCCGCUUCCAGAUUGAGAACAGGUCCUCUCAUGAGCUGAUUAUUGCGCAGAAAUGCUUUACAACAUCCUUUACUGACCCUGGAGCCCAAUCCACCUGGUUACGAGCCAUCCCAGGUUGCUGGCUCCCCUUCCACUGGCCGCGACCGGACAAGGACCAGCUGUUGUGCAUAUGUCUUCGAGAUGUCCAAGGGUGCCAUUGGUCUGGUGGAUUCUUUAUAGAGAAGAUUGACUCUUUCUACCUGAAUAUUCGAGAUGGCAACAGUCACUCAUAUUUUAUCCGUGUAGAAGUCAUCAUCAAUGAUGCCACCUACUUCAUUGUCUUCACUGAUGCAGAAUCCCUGCCUCCUCCCUUUCGAAUCGACAACUUCUCUGAAGUCCCAAUCACCUAUUACCAAUCAAUAUUUGAAGGGCAAGACAUGGAACAUGAAGUAGCUCGUUGUGCAGCCCCACUGUUGUUCUCUUUUACUGAUCGUGAUGCUAACCCUAUGCUUGUUGCGAGGGUUGGACGCAACUUACAUCCUGAGUCGAGAGCACAGUUUUGCCACAAGCUGCCCCUGACACAAGGGACAUGGGUUCGCCGUCUCAGAGUCAGUCCCUCAGAUGCCCGGCCAGACCAUGUCUACAUUGUUGGUGUUGAUGUGAGACCUGGCCGUGGACGAUAUAGAGAUACGUACAUGGUCACAUUCUCACCCCGCUUCCAGAUUGAGAACAGGUCCUCUCAUGAGCUGAUUAUUGCGCAGAAAUGCUUUACGACAUCCUUUACUGACCCUGGAGCCCAGUCCACAUGGUUACGAGCCAUCCCAGGUUGCUGGCUCCCCUUCCACUGGCCGCGACCGGACAAGGACCAGCUGUUGUGCAUAUGUCUUCGAGAUGUCCAAGGGUGCCAUUGGUCUGGUGGAUUCUUUAUAGAGAAGAUUGACUCUUUCUACCUGAAUAUUCGAGAUGGCAACAGUCACUCAUAUUUUAUCCGUGUAGAAGUCAUCAUCAAUGAUGCCACCUACUUCAUUGUCUUCACUGAUGCAGAAUCCCUGCCUCCUCCCUUUCGAAUCGACAACUUCUCUGAAGUCCCAAUCACCUAUUACCAGACUGGCACUCAGGAGGAGAGGUUAAGAACCAUAGUCAAGCCACGCUCUUGUGUCGCCUAUGCCUGGGAUGAUGUAAUGUUGCCACCUCACCUUACGUGUGUUGCCCCAGGGGGAACCUCCGCCACGUAUAAUUUGAACAUCCUCUGUGAAGGUGCAAGAUUAACAUAUGAGAAUUUCAUCUACAUAGCUUUCACAGGGACAUUUCGCAACCAUCAUUGUCUGCACGUAGCUUGCCACUUAGUGUCACAGGCUCUGUCAACAGUAUGCAACCCCAAUGACCGUGCAAACAUUUUUGUAAUGGUCAUUCAUGGGCUGUGGAUAGAGUUUUGGCAGUGUCCUCAAGCUUUAAUAACAGAGGCUGUCCUAGACAUAGCAGGUCCAGCCCCGCAGCCUACGGAAUACACACCUCUGAUGCUGCGAAAGCCCGAUGAGAGGAGAUCCCUUACGCAGACAUGGAGGUUUACUGAAGACGGCAGACUUUGCUGUGUGCAUGUCAAUAUGUAUGUGCAAGCCAAGGAUGGGUUCCUUGGAUUGGCUCCAGGGUCAGGAUGUGGGGGGUCAUGGCAGCUGUGGAACGACGUGGUUUUGGGUCCGCCGCAAUUGGUCCACUAUGGAACAAUGGAGAAUGGAGUGCCUUUGGAACAAGCCAUAUCCAGGCAGCGUUUGCGGCCAGGGUCAGGCGUGCUGGCUGUGAAGGUUGACACAGAUGGACCCACAAGAGUCUUGCAAAUUACAGAUGUUCACAGCAAGAGUGCUUCCAUGGUGGCCCGAACGGAGAGCGGAGACUGGGUGAGCGUGAGUGAGGAGGGAGGAACGACCACCAUCAAGAAGACCAGUGCCGGCACACAGCAGGUGAAAGAGGGGUCCAACCUUCAGGAAGUACAUAUCCAGCUCAACAUUCGAGGGGGUCUUGGACUGUCAGUCAUCCAGCGCAGCCCACCAGAGGAACUUAUCUAUGCCAAGUUUACCGAUAUUGUCUUUGAAUACCAGAGUUCCACGCAGCAUCACUCUGUGCACUGUAGUGUGAGAGAUAUUCAGGUGGACAAUCAACUGUUGAAUGCUCAGUGUCCUGUUGUGCUCUAUGUAACUCCACAAAGCAAGAUGGAUGAAACACGUCACCUCCCUGCUCUCUAUCUCACUGCCCAUCAGCUAGUAUCAUCAUGUAGUAAUGCUUACAUCUUCAAGAACCUGAUGGUGACCUUAAAGAACCUCACCCUGACAAUAGAAGAAGCCCUACUCUUCAAGUUGUUCCUGAUGGCUGGCUACGAUCAGUCAGACUCUGAGCUGGAGAAGGUGGAGGAACACCAGUAUGACAUGCGAAGAAUGCUUGCUGCGGCCACCUCAGUCAGUGCAACAAGAUACUAUUUUAGCAGUCUUGAACUUCAGCUUAACCAAGUCAGGCUAAGUGUCCUAACAUCGAAAAAACUAAGCCCUGACCUCCAGAAUAUUAAGCGUAAAAUGGGUCUUACCCUUGUCCGCUUUGAGCAUGCAAGUGUUAAUCUAGAACCCUUCAGGCGAUGCCAUCCCUUUGAGACCUCGCGAUUCUUGUUUGACUGCAUCACCAAGCAUUACAAGGAGGAGCUGAAAUCCCAAGCAAUGAGCAUUUUAGGAUCAACAGACUUCUUAGGUAAUCCGUUUGGUUUCUUUGCUGACGUGAGCGAGGGCGUAAGUGAGCUGGUUCACGAAGGCUCUGUUGGUGGUCUUGUGUGGAACGUGACGCAUGGCAUGGCCAAUUCUACUGCCAAGGUGACGGGUAAGCUUUUUGGCCUGCUGCAAUAUACAAGCUUUUCCUUUUCAGCUGUCGUACUGUGAAUUUUACCGUGUUGAGAUUUGAGUCUGUAGAUAUGUCCGAUGAUCAGCUUUUCUUUGUUUUACUUGAACAUAUGAUUGCAACUGGUUUCUCUGUAGUUCUCACCAUCACAGUUGUCACAGGUGGGCUUUUGAUAUAAGGUAAAUGUCAGCACAUUUUGUUUCAGGAUGUGACACUUAUUGCAGCAUCUCGUUAUAAGGCAGAUUAAACUUAUAACCUGUGAUUAAUUCUAGAGGAGAUUCAAAGCAAAACUCUUGAGUGAGAAAGACCAUGGAGGAAAAUCUUACUAUUUGUAUAAGCAUCACUACCUGAUGUCUAAAAGAUAAGUGCUACUCUGAGCUAAAGGGUAGAACAGAUUUGUUAAUGGGAAGAAAAAAUGGUCAUACUCCUUGUAGACUGUCUUUGCAGAUAUUUAGUUAAGUCACGAAAACUGUAGUACUCGUUUUAUAUAUUUUCUUUUCCAAUUUUCAUUUAAUCUUUCAGGUGAUUAGUUAUCUUUUACACCUAAUCCUCUGCUAUUAGGCCUAAUAGGUUGCACGCCUGUAAUAGUGGAAUGUUAGAAUCAGUAAGAAUAAUUCUAAUUGGUUCUCAGCUGACAAUCUACCUGCCAGAGCAGAGCAGUGGGGUGUUACCUUCAGGUGUGUGAUAGCAGUAAUUUGUGAUUGUGAAACAUUUGACAGCAGAAGGUUGAGUGGACUUUUUUUCAAAAUUCUUGUUUUUAUAUUGUAGAGGGUUAUUUGUAGUGCCCAUUAGUUGUUAAUUUUAGUCAUUUUUUUCUUUAGUACUUCAAAGAUUAUUAUUAGAAGUAAAGUAAUUUAUUGUUUUGUCACAAAACACUGAGGAGUUACAGAUAGUACGCAUCAUAACCCACUCAUAUUUACUGGUGUUUAGGAAGAUCUUUUGGUAUUAGUGAUCUACUAUUGUGUUAAGAUAAAGAGCUCAGAGUAGUACUUAUAUAGAAUAAAAGAAGUUAUUUGUAAUACUGACUUCAUUGACUGACUUUAUGAAUAAGUAAUAAUUUCCUUCAUUUCUUUCUCUGUAAUGGUACAUAUGAAUUAGAAGUUACCAAUACUUAACUUCAUGUACUUUGAAAGUGAAAUUUAGUUCAUGCCAGUUUACUUUUGAUUCUGUACUUAUUUAAACAUUUUUAGAUUAUUUGAUAUAUACCAAAGUUAAAGUUACAUUUUGCUUUUGCCUGGUAAUUUUUUUUUAUUAUAGAAAUUAAUAGGAGGUUCAGUAUAUUUUUACACCAUUACACUUUUUUUUUCAUUUGGACUGGAGACUUUACGAAUUUGAUUUACAAAAUAAUCUUGAUAAUGAUGUCUUUUACAAGUUGACAAGACUUAUCUCAAGAAAAUUAUUUGAUAUAUGAUCCAUGCACACUGCUGAUUAGUUGAAUGCUAAGGGAGGGAAGGUGUUGAUGGUCGUAGAAAGACAGUAUAUUUAUUCCUUGUCCUUCAGGAGAAAUUUUCAUCAUUCAAGAGGCUGUAUUUUUGGAAAGCAGAAUACCAGAUAUAAAAAAUCUGGCAUGAGAGAAUGAGUAGUGAAGGAUAUUAGAAAAGCAAAUCAUUAAGUAUGUAUUUUCUUUAUAGGCAUUUGGUGCACACGUAGAGUUUGCAUUGCUGUAAUAUAUCUCAUUAGAGUUCAUAUUUUAAGGAAAUAAUAGAACCAUGUUGAUUGUUUUAGUAAUGGAUCACAAGGUUUGUACAAUUGUAAGGAUACUGUAAAGUUGAUGUGCUACUAACCAAUUGUAGUAUUUGUGUGUAAUAAAUGUAUUGUUGUAUGUUUGCUGAUACUCUUAAUAUGCACUCGUUUUUAAAAGUUUGGCCAUGUUUUGCAGUUGUGUGUGUUGUUGUUUUUUUUUUAAGUAGUGUUGGAGUGGUUGUUUAUAACCAGCUUUUCCAGUUUGGUAAGUCUGUAUAAAAAGAGGCAGGUUGAUUCAUUAGGAUUUUUCAGUAAUGCUUUGGUAUAGUUUUUAUCUUUACGGUAAACAAAUUUAGUAUAAUGCUUGCCAGAAUGAUUUUUUUGUUUGCUGAUCAAUGUGAUAGAGGUUUUUAUUGUUAUGGUUAAUCUUUGUUUUUUGUUUUAGACUGGAAUUUUAGUUAUUCAUUUACAGUCUGAUAUCCAAAGUUAGUGAAAAUGUUGUAGGUAGGGAAUUUUGAUAUAGAUAAGAAAGCAUUAAUUUAGCUAAUUGUAUUUUUCAAUGUUGAAGACAAGAAAAUAUAUUCUUUUAGUUGUUAUUUUUUAUCUAUUAAUUUUCAAGUAUUGUAAAAUCAAGCUGCCUUCUGUUUUCCUUUUUGUGAUUCACCAUUUGUGUUUUAUGAAUAUCUUGUUUUGCCCAAGCUUAUGUUAUCUUCAGGGAAUUUUGAAGUUGAAAUUAAUUGAAUGAGGGCUACAUAUUCUGAUCAUAAAAAAAAAAAAAAAAAUAUGAAUGAGCCAAAAAGUAUUGAAUAUUAUGUUUUUGGGAAAAGAAGAGAUAAAAAGGAAGUUGGAUAGGAGAAUGGAAAAGCUUGAAAGUUCCCUGGAGAUUUAUUUGCUUCCUUGAUUUUUCUUUAUUUCUUCGUUCACCUGAGUACCCGUCACCUCUUUUUUAUUUGUCUUUUUUUCUUUAGCUUUUUGUGAUUUUGAAAAUUAUUUCAGCAAGCUUUUAUUUUGCAAUAUCUGUUGAUUUUUUUUGCCCUUCGUAUUCGUCCGUUUCAUUUUAAACUCAUUUGCUAGCUUUACGUAUUUGCUAGAUUUACUGUCGGUAUAUUUUUUUUACUACCAAAGAGAUUUUCUGCAAAAGUAGUCUAUUUAUUUUGUUUUUUGUUUAAGGUUUCCUUUCAAGUUUUUUUGCUUAAUCUGUUCUGUUUCAUCCCCUCAACCAUCCCAACCAGCUACUGAGUGCACGGAAAGCACCCAGUGUGACAGGGUUGCCGUAAAUCGCUUUGGCAUCUUGUGGGCAUAUGGAACGAGAG